AUGGAACCGAAGAGAGAUAGAAUCAGUAAACUUCCGGUAGAAAUACUUGACCACAUCUUGGGAUUUUUGCCGCUCAACGAUGUGGCUAAAACUGUUGUUUUGUCUUCCAUUUGGAGAGAUGUUUGGUUCAAUCUCACACAAAUUAACUUUGAUGAUCACUUCUUUUCUUAUUUGGGUAAGAAACACGCCAAAGAUAGCGGCAAACAUGUCAAGAAAUCUGCAACGGAUCUGUUUUUGUAUGUGAUCGACAAAGUUCUCUGCAAACACAAUGGAACUAUUCAGAAAUUUGUUCUCAAUUUUUACCAUUUUGGGAUACAUACAAUUAAGUCUUGGUCUUAUGACUUCGACCAGUGGUUACUUUUAGUUACCGGAAAAGGUGUUGAAGAAAUGCACAUUCGUUUUGGGCAUAAAAUAUACAGGCUGCCGAAUUGCAUAUUUUCUUGUUCAACGCUCAAGAGGUUGUAUCUUUCUAAUGUCAUUGUUGAACCAAUGAAAUCCCCCUAUAUACUACCAAAUGUUGCUUUGCUUAGUUUAGAGUAUGUUAACUUUGAUCCUACUCCACAUUGUGCAUUUGAUCUUAAGGAGAUAGCAACUACAUAUAAUGGUGCCUUGUCGAAACUCUUGUCAGAACUUCAUGGUGUGGCGCAACCAAAUAAAACGCUUCGUGUUUUGAAGCUUAUCGGACUUAGAGGGUUGCCGUCUGAAACCCUUUUCAUUAAGGAGUUACUUACCUGUUUUUCAUCACUUGAAAAGGUUUACAUUAUUAUUGAUAAGGUUUACUAUAAAGAGGAGUUCAAGUUUGGAAUUAAGCAAACACUCUCGGAUUUUCCUUGUGCCUCCACAAAAGUAGAAUUUGUUGUUAUUUAA